UCAAAUACUCAGACAAUUUCCCAAGUAUAAAUACCUAACCAAACACAUGCAACACAUCAGUUAAGGUACACUAUCUUGUUUACCGUAAUCAUGCCGAGGAUUCCUCUAAUUAAACUGAAUAACGGUCUCUCCAUACCAGCUUUAGGCUUGGGUACAUGGCAGGGUCCUCCCGGUAAAGAAGCAGAAGUGGGUCAAGCUGUUAGAGAUGCUAUUGAUGUGGGCUACCGACACUUUGACUGUGCUCAUGUUUACGCCAAUGAAAAAAUAAUCGGGGAUGCUAUACAGGACAAGAUUAAAGAAGGAGUGGUGAAGAGGGAGGAAUUGUUUAUUGUUAGUAAGUUAUGGAAUACGUUUCACAGACCGGAUUUGGUCGAGCCGGCUUUGAGAGAAACGUUGAAUAAUCUUCAACUGGACUAUCUUGAUCUCUAUCUUGUGCACUGGCCACAUGCAUUCAAGGAAGGCUCCAAUUUGCACCCUGUAGACCCAAAAACCGGUCUCUUCAUUCCAAGCGAUGUGGACUUUGUCGACACAUGGAAAGCGAUGGAGGAAGUAAACAAAAAAGGUCUCAGUAAGUCAAUCGGCAUUUCCAACUUUAACAGUAAACAAAUCAAAAGACUUUUAAAAUCGGCUAAGAUCGUUCCCGUUACAAAUCAGAUUGAAUGUCACCCUUAUUUGAACCAAAGCAAGUUGCGUAAAUUUUGCUCAAAUAGGGGCAUUACUGUAACUUCGUAUAGUCCUUUGGGAUCCCCAUCGAGACCGUGGCAAAAACCCGGCGAUCCCGAUGUCAUUAACGACCCUAAAAUCAAGGAAAUCGGAAAUAAGUACGGAAAAUCACCCGCACAAAUUCUACUCCGAUAUAAUGUGCAGUUGGGAAAUAUUGUUAUACCGAAAAGCUCCAACAGAAAUCGGCUUGUGGAAAAUAUGAGUAUUUUUGAUUUUAAGCUGAGUGAGGAGGAUAUGAAAUAUAUUGAUACUUUCGACUGUAACGGCAGGAUUUGUCCACAAGCUGAGGCGAGAGAGCACCCUUUCUAUCCCUUUAAACCCGGAGUGGAAUUUUAAUGUUUAGUUUUGUGAUUAUGUGAUUCUAUUACUUAUUGCAUAAUGUUGAUAACAAAAAUCAAUAUAAAUAUUUAUAGAAACUGA